AUGCAGCCAACUGCGUAUGAGGCAGCCACAUCUAGCAAAGGACACUUAAACUUCAGCCCCAAAGACAAGAGGUCGUGGUUGGCUUGUUCCUUCGCUAAAUGCUGUUUUGGGUGGAAGGGGAGGAGAGGGCAUCUAGCAAGAGACACUUAA